AUGAGGCGAUGUAUGAGAGAGAGGAGCCAUGAUUGGACGGAAGGCCCAUUUGCCCACCCGGGCGAGAAAGCUAGGCGUUGCAAUCCGCGACGGUACGAGGACUCGGGGACAGCGUGUAGGGAGUUUCGAAAAAGGGAGCUCUCGGAGAGGCGAUGUGUGCGAGUUUGGGUGCAUUUAAGUAUUGAGUAUUGGCUGCAUUUGGCUCGGUACUUGGACGCAGCCAUGCAAGGAUGGGCAGAAUUAGCAUCAUCGAGUGUGGUUUUUGGUGCAUACGUCGGAGCAGCUACGGUGGAUGCCUGCGGUGGCAAAGGAGGCACAGGAAGCGACGACAAGAGAUCGGAGCACAAGGCAUCACGAAGGGUUGCCGCGAGCCGGUGCACGGGGGAGCUACGAUCGAGCGUCGAGAAUCUGUAAUGUGACUAUAGGCGACACUACAGUAAGCGGCGUAGUCUCGAAGGCUGCACUCACGGAUGCAUCAGGGGUAGGCACCUUGGUCGCCUGCGGGAGUCUUGCAGAAGUCGAAGAUGGAGCUGAUAUUGACUCCGUCAAUGAUGAUCCUGAUGGAAGGAGAGCCGGUGGUGCAGCAGGUGGAGAGCGGGCAAAGACAUAGGGGCGAGAAGCCCGAAGGACUCUCUGGACCUGGACUAGGUGAACUACUUAUCUAUGGGGAAUUGCUUUGAGUAAGCAGUGUUCUGUACGCAUUUAGAGUCCAUACACAGUUCUUUGAUAAGAAAAAAUAUGCAAGUGAGAACUGU